CGGUGAGCUCAGUUUUCCACAGAUCAUCACUGCUGAAACGCUCGGAGGAGCACUCUUCAUCUGAAAGUGAUCAUCAAUCAUGGUGAAAGGCACACUGAAUGAACUCUCCCAGCUCAAACAGUCAGGCUUCGGUCAGCCGGAGCCCAGACAUGGCCUCAAUCUGCUCUACUGGUUUGCUCGUGAAUAUGUAGACAUGAGUUGCGGGGAAAUUAUCGCUAAAUCCUCCGAUCCCGAGGAUGGAGACUUUGGCUUCCACAAGUUUAAUAACAGAAUUGAAGAUGAAGAUCACAUCGUGCCCAUUCAAAAUCUCCCAUACUAUGAAGUGGGAAACCUGAAUUAUCGAAAUGCAGACGAGCUCCCAGAUUAUGUGAGGGGAAAAUACAGCCGCAAUACACCUGACAGCAACAAGGACCGCAUUAUUGUGCGUCAGGAUGGGAUUGGUAAAUUAAGCAGGGUUUAUGUGACUGAACACAGCGACGCCAAACUUUUUGACAGCAGCAAAACCUAUCGUGUGAGUCAAGGCCUCCUCAAGAUCAUCAAAAACAUGAGCAGAGAGGAUUUUCUCUCCAAGGUCUCCAACACUGGCUAUCUUACCAGCAACCUGCAAUCACUUUACCAGAAACAACUUUACCAGCAACAACAUUCUGUUAUUCAGUCCUACAGCACUCCUGUAAAUCACACUCCUCCUCCUCGUCCUUUUCCACCAGCAGAAGACAGUUCCUGGUGUACCAUUCUUUAA